GCCAAACCCAGCCCUCUCCUCGCUCUCUCCCAGUGCCCCCCAACGUGUCCAUCUCGCUGGUGCCCCCCUCAAGCUCCCAGCCCGGCCCCGGCCGCCUGCUCUGCUCCGUGAUGGAUUUCUACCCUGCUGCCAUCCAGGUGAGGUGGUUCCAGGGCCAGCAGGAGCUCUCGGAGCACGUGGUGGCCACCGACGUGGUCCCCAACGGGGACUGGACCUACCAGCUGCUGGUGCUGCUGGAAACGCCGCCCCGGCGCGGGCUCAGCUACAGCUGCCAGGUGGAGCACGUCAGCCUGGAGCAGCCCCUGAGGCGGCACUGGGAGAUGCCGCCGGACGCUGCCCGCAUCAAGAUAUUGAUGGGGAUUGGGGGCUUCGUCUUGGGUUUCGUCUUCCUGGCGCUGGGGCUCGGCUUCUCCCUGCGCAAGAAGAGCUCCUGAGCCGGCGGCGGCCGCAGCCCCUCCCCGUGGGCUCGGGCCCGGCCGGGACCCCCCGCUCCGUCCCCGCUCCGUUGAUUUUGGGGGGGUCCCGUGUCCCCCCAGCCCCACUGGCGCUCUGCCCCCGCCCAGUGCCUGCUCCCAGUGCUCCCAAUAAAGCUUCCCAGUUGGACCCGGGGCCGUUUAUGGGGGGGCGAUGGGACGGAUUUGGCCAAAGGGAGGGGGACAAAGGGUGGGGGCUGGGCCCGGGGGGAGGGGUCGCUGCCCGCGGAUCCCGCAGUGCCCGGUGCGGGACGAGCUCCGUGCGCCGCUCCAUCUCCAUCCCCCGUGGGAGGAUCCACGCUGGAUAAUCCCGGGCGCCCCCCACGGUCAGAGCCCCCGUGCUGGGAACACACCUGGCUGGGGGUUCCACAUCUUCCUGGCCCCCCCGUGGACACCUCGAUGAAGGCUGGGAGAUCCCCGCUACUUUUCUUGUUUCUGCUCCUCUCCUCAUCUCCACCUUCUCUUCCCCCGGUUCAAUCGCUCCCCACCCACCGCCGGUUCUCCUCCCGCCUCCUUCCCCUGUUCUCUCUCGCAUCCCCCGCCCCUUCCUCAAUGGUUUCUUGAAGGGUCCAGUUCCAUCUUUCCUUGGCUACAGCCCUGAGGGCUUUUCCAGCUGACUUCACUACUGCACUCUCAGACUGAGAGUGGGGAAUCUUGGUGCUUGGUUUCCUCAUUCCAGCUGCCUUUGACAGGGUUUGUUUCUGUCCUCAGCUGAUUUACCCUCUGCGCUCAGCUCAGCCCUGAGCAGGACCAGCGCAGUUCCAUGGUGGGCACUGCUCGCUGGAUGGCCCCAGAAGUUGUGACCACAUCUCCUUAUGGCCCCAAGGUGGACAUCUGGGCCUUUGGCACUGUGACCAUCGGGAUGGUGGAAGGAGAACCUCCUUACUUCAGGGAAACGGCGGCCAUGCUCUUCUGGCUGUGACGAUGACCUGAAAAUGUGAAGCAAGUGCAUCAGGUCUAAUGUUAUCUUGCAAGAAAACCCCACACCAACCCUACAUCCUGCCCCCAAACCCAACAAGAUUUCUGCAGGAGCUUCUAAAAGACAUUUUGCAAGUUGAUCUCCCCCCUGAUCCUUCUCACUGGGAAACUCGUCCAAAACCUGAAGAUGAUUGUUUAACAUCCUCAUAGUCUAACAUGUUUCUUUCCUAGUCCAAGCUACUUUCUCUGUGUCACCAAGCCUGAGUUUUCAGCAUCACAAACCUCCUGGUCCUUGCCUGGCAGUUUCUGGGAUGGGGCAUCAGGAAUGCAUUUACUUGAGCGUCAGUGGCACUGCAGAGAUGCACUUGAUGUAAGAAUCCUCCAGACAACACUGACUCUGGAAAAUGGCCUGUAAAGCUGGUGUCCACAUUUGGAGAAGCAAAAUGUGCUAUUUCUGAUGGAGGUUCCUAUUGACAGAGUCAGCCAAUGCAACUGGCUCUCAAGGCGAGAUCAUUUGGAUGUUGCAGUGGCUGUGGCAGCCCCAGGGUUUGGGUUGUUUGGCUGGCAUAGCAAAAUGAGCUGUGAGCAGCAUCUGUGGCAGGGAGGAAAGUGCCCCUGGAGCUGGGGCUGAGGCCCGGGGUGGAUGUGAGCCCGUGUGGGUGUGAAGGGAGCUGGCAGAGCGCUGAGUUUGCUUUCCCUGCAGGCUCGCGCUCGGAUCCGGCAGAACGGGAGCCCGCAGCUGCAGCAGCCCCGGCGCCUGUCGGCUCUGCUGCGGGACUGCCUCGAGUGCAGCCUGGAGCCGGACGAGGAGCGGCGCUGGGCUGCCCAGGAGCUGCUGCA